AUGGCGGGGGAGUUCGUUCUAUCCCAAAGGAUUCGACUCUGUACCGCGGUCAGCACUAUUUGCAGCUGGGCAUCAGCCCGAAUAGGAUGCCAACCUGGAAAGACGGAGUCGUCUCUGACAGUUCGGUAUGUCCUAAAUUUUUAAAUUUAUUGUUAAUUAUUUGAUUUAGGUGGAUACUAUGUCGGAAACGUCUUUGGGGACAAUCGGGCGAUUCCGGCAGUGAAUUUUCAAUUCUUCCGGAUAUUUUCUAGGAAUGUCGGUUGAAAGGAGGUGUUCGUCUUCAACGAUUCUUCCAACAUAUGCCACUAGCAGAAGUAGCGAACCACCGCCCAGAUAGUAAAAUAAUCAGCUCCGAUGUGAUUCUGGGAAUCGCUGGAAUUGGUGGACCAGGGGUAAGUGGAUUCAUUGAAAAUUGGUUUUAAUCGUUUUGUUUCAGUUGGAGCCGGUGGAGAAACGCUGCAAAAACCGAUAA